GUCCAACGGAUCUGCAAGUAUGUCCUUACACUGCGACCAGUAUGGGCUUUGGCUUAUGGUCUUUUUCUUCAUCCAGAUUAUCAUAUAAAACCCGUUUUAUAUCCCUCCCCUGGCAAGUGUUGGCCUCCCUGAGGGGUUGAACCAUCUCUCUAGAUUAUUAGCAUAGUGCUCGUUCAAUAUGGCUUCUGACACAGUCUUCAACGUCUCUGUGUUCUUCGUGGUCCUCAGAGAGUCCCUUGAGGCUGUUAUUGUGGUCUCUGUGCUUCUUUCGUUCUUGAAGCAAUCCAUUGGUGAUGGAGAUAAGGCACUUUACAGAAAGCUCCUUAUCCAGGUCUGGGUUGGUGUUGCUGCUGGUCUUAUUGUCUGUCUUGCUAUUGGUGGUGGUUUCAUUGGUGCAUACUACCGUUACCAGAACGAUAUCUUUGGAAACUCUGAAGAUAUUUGGGAGGGUGUUUUCUGUAUGAUUGCCACGGUUAUGAUCUCCUUCAUGGGUAUUGCCAUGUUGAGAAUCAACAAGAUGCAAGCCAAGUGGAGAGUCAAGAUUGCAAGAUCCUUGCUCGCAACUCCAAAGAGAAAGAGAGACAGAUUCAAAUUCGGAUACUUGACCAAGAAGUACGCCAUGUUCUUGCUGCCAUUCAUCACGGUCCUGAGAGAAGGUCUUGAGGCUGUUGUCUUCGUUGCCGGUGCCGGUAUUACCACCCAAGGUUCCUCUGCUAGAGCAUACCCUCUACCAGUGUUUGUUGGUCUGAUCUGUGGUAUUCUUGCUGGUUUCCUUCUUUACUAUGGUGUCUCUUAUGCAUCCAUGCAAAUCUUCUUGGUGAUCUCCACCUGUAUCCUUUACUUGAUCGCUGCAGGUUUGUUCUCCAGAGGUGUGUGGUACUUUGAAACCAACACUUUCAACAAGAAGACUGGUGGUGAUGCUUCCGAAUCCGGUGAUGGUAACGGUUCCUACGAUAUCACAAAGGCCGUCUACCACGUUAACUGUUGUAACCCUGAGUUGGAUAACGGUUGGGAUGUGUUCAACGCCCUUCUGGGAUGGCAAAACACUGGUUACAUCGGCUCUGUCUUGGCUUACAACUUGUACUGGUUGUGUUUGAUCAUUGUGGUCUUGUUGAUGCUCUUCGAAGAGAAGACUGGUCACCUGCCAUUCUGUAAGAGCUUGAAGUUGAGACAAUUGAACCCAAUGUACUGGAUCAAGGGUAAGAACAAAAAGGAGCUCACCGAGGAGGAGAAGAGAGAGUUGUUCAAGCAGGUUAAGGAAGAGGUCAGAUUCGGCCAAGAUGGUGGUAUUGAAGAAGUUGAGAGCUCUGAUGAUGCUCAAGCACAUGGUGCUUCAUACGAGCUGAAGACUGAAGCUAAGUAA